GUCAUAUAAAGUCAUAUGAAACAAAUUGUUGGUGAACUCCUUGAACGUCCAGAUUUAAUAUGGUACCAUUAAUUCCUCUAAUUUUAUUGACCUGCGAAACUAAUGAUGGUUUUCUCCAAGGCAAAUUUACCCAACUUACGCAGACUUUUUGUAGAAGCCAGAACGGAUGCUGAAGAAAGCACAUAUUCGAGGAAUGCUGUAGGUUUCUGUUAUGAUCGAAUCUUUAAGGUUUCUGACUAACGGAUUAUAGUUCUACAACAUAGUUCUAUUCAUAUCAUCUAUUGCAGUAUUCAGUGUUAUUGCACAACGUGUCAGCAAGAUUCAGACGUGAUCACUGGCAAUAGGAUGCUCCAGCCUGGGAACGGGAAAGAGACCGGAAACAAUCUCCUGCACGAAGCUUGUCAUUAUUUGACUUUUUUGAAGGCUUGAACAUUAUGGCUUGGCCUCGUGUGAAUGAGUACACGAGAGCUCACCAAAUGUAUAACCGAAAGACUUAGUGUCGUACGAGUCCAACACACAUGCAUUGGAAGACGCUGUCCUCGAUAUCCACAAGAUUCAGAUUAAGGUGAAGCAGCGCAGUGGUUGAGCACAGAAUGCUUCAUGUUGCUCUACCACUCCCAAUGCCUAGACAACAUGUCAUUAUAUGACCUCCUACACAAGGCCCAAUCACAUAUGAGUUUAUGCCUUCUCAAUGACUCCUUGGUAUACCACCCACGUCCCUCCAUUAUUACCUAGGGACUCAUUCCUUCCUAUCCAUUUACUCCCACCACCCCGG